AUGCUCAGCCCUGAUCGCUUAGCACAGGUGAGUGCGCAGUUUACGGGCACCAUCACCCAAGUGCCCCCCAUGCACAGUGCGCUAAAAAAAGAUGGCAAAGCUCUCUACGAAUACGCCCGCGCGGGCAAAGUGAUCGAGCGCGAAGCACGUCCCGUCACCAUUCAUGCCCUGCGCCUCGUGGCACAAAAUAGUCAAUCUAUUCAGAUAGAUGCGACAGUCAGCAAGGGCACCUAUAUUCGCACCUUGGGAGAGGAUAUAGGCACAGCUUUGGGCUGCGGCGCGCACCUCACGGCCCUGCGACGGGUGCAAACGGGCGACUUCUCCGUGGCCCAAGCCAUCAGCCUGGACGAUUUGGCAGCCCUGAGCGAGGCUGAGCGCCUGGGCCGCCUGCUGCCCGUGGACAGCCUCUUGGGCGGUUUUACCCCCAUCACUUUGGAUGCAGAAAACGCAGGGCGCUUU